AUGGCCAUAAGGGCUGAUCUUGAUGUAGCGGUGGCGCGCCUCGUUAUGUUGAUUCAGUCAGCUGAAAAUUGUCGAUUGGAUAUUGGUGAGUGCGUAAUUGAUGGCGUUGCCUGGCAUAAUGAGGACGCAUCCAAGCUUGAGUAUAGGGUGUGGAACCCCUUCAGAUCCGAGCUGGCUGCUGCUGUGCUCGGUGGUGUGGACAACAUCUGGAUUGCUCCUAGAACACGUGUGCUGUACCUCGGAGCUGCCUUUCGAACAACCAUGUCUCAUGUGUCUGACAAUGUUGGACCGACUGGGUUGGUGUAUGCCGUUGAGUUCUCUCACCGGAGUGGUAGGGAUCUUGUCAACAUGGCCAAGAAGAGGACCAAUGUCAUUCCCAUCACUGAGGAUGCUAGGCACCCGGCAAAGUAACUGAUGCUGGUCG